UUUUUUUGUCUUUUCAACCAUGUCUGAACGUAAAGUCUUGAAUAAAUACUUCCCUCCCAACUUUGAUCCUUCAAAGAUCCCCAAGCAAAAGAAACCCAAGGAUCUUCAACACAAAGUCCGUCUUAUGGCCCCUUUCUCUAUGCGAUGUGAAAGUUGUGGUGAAUAUAUCUAUAAAGGAAAGAAAUUCAAUGCUAGAAAAGAAACCGUACAAGGUGAAAAAUAUCUUUCUAUUCAAAUCUUCCGGUUCUACAUUAGAUGUCCUCGUUGUUCAGCAGAAAUUACAUUCAAAACGGAUCCAAAAAACAGUGACUAUGUACCAGAAAAUGGGGUGAGCCGCAAUUUUGAACCAUGGCGUGGGGAUGACGGUACAGUGGUGGAAGAAGAACCAGAAGAAGAACAAGAUGCCAUGGCGUCGUUGGAAAGCCGCACGUUGGAUUCUAAACGGGAAAUGGAGAUUAUGGAUGCGCUGGACGAAAUACGAACACGGAAUGCACGUAGUGAACGAGUCAAUGUGGAUGAUGUGUUGGAUCAAUAUUCAAAAGAGGUGAAAGAUCAAGUACAACAACAACUUUCAGCAGAAGCAAAACUGGAUGAAGAAGAAACCGCAGCUGCUUUUCGAUCCGCCGAUGGCGAAACCGUACGCAAAGUCACCACUGCUCCUGUCGAUGCCAUUUCACUUGUACGACAAAAACAACAAGAAGAAGUUAACAAUGACUCAUCUUUUGCCAAACCAUCUGCAUUCAAACGAAAGGAGACUCCAAACAACUUUGGCAUUGUCGUCAAAAAGAAAAAACUGGACAACACUACCAACAACAAGCAUACCCAAUCCAAUGCACUCUCUUCACUAGCUUCAUACGACGACGACUCUGAUUCGGAUUAAUUUAGUUUUAUUUUCAUAUAUUUUAUGUAGACUUGUAAUAAAUAACAUAUUCUUUUACUCAUU